GACACAAUCUGAGUAAAGCCGAGUAAACUCUGUAGGAGUCUGUCUCCUGGAUCAAUGGGCUCAAACAGAAGCUAUGGCUAACUAGUCUCUGGAACAAUACGGAACUUAAAGAAGAUCUUGGCAACGCGACGUGAACCUUAGUGAAGUGGAAGUUGUUUCUAACAAGAGUGCUCCGAGUCCUGCGGACUUUCUAUGUGUUUACUAUGUGUGUCUCCAGCUGCCAUUGCCCCGCAGGCUCACUGACAGCAGGGCUCAUGUCUGCUGUGUCAGUGAUGAUUGUGGAGCACACGGAAUGGAAAGGAACAUCGGAGACCAACUUAACAAAGCUUUUGAAGCCUAUCGCCAGGUCUCCAUUGAGAAAGACAUAGCUAAGAGGGAGCUGCAGAAAAUGACAGAGUAUUAUGAGGGCUACACGCGUAAACUUCAAAAGCAAAUAGAGGACCAGCAGCGGCUCAUCUGUGUUCUUGAAGCCAAACUUUCAGCUUUGAGGCCCCCGCCUGCAGGAGAUAUGAAAUGCGAGCCUUGUGAACAUGUCCACGAUGGAGCUCUUGCCUAUAGGAAAUUACAGUACCAGGACAAUGCCGUCACUGGUGCAGCUGCUUCAAAUCUACCAGCUGGCUCUGCUGUCGACUGUCAAGAUAUGCAAGAUGCAUUUGAGGCCAUUCAGGUGAAAUUUCGGAAGAUAAAGUCUUUGACCAGAAGACAAAAAGACCAUCUAAAGAGGUUUAAUGGAGGAAAUGAUGCAUUAAAUGAUCAGCGCUUCUCCAUGCCCAUCCAGUGCACGGACCGGACAGCAGAGGCCGAGCGCCCCUUUUCCUCUUCCACGCUCAGGACCGCGGUGGUGGACAUCCCUGUCUCGUCUCUGGCCUCUCGCGGAGCCGACCCAGAUGACCGGGACUUGGACUCUCUGACCAAAUUCAGUGUUAAAUUCCCCCCUUCAGCGGACAGUGAAUACGACUUCCUGAACAGUGCCCCGGACCGCCACGUGGCUCUGGCUGUGGCUGAAGAGGAGCCGGUGGAGCUGCCCCUGUCUUUUGUCUACUCCUCGUCCCCCUCCCACUCGCCGUCGUCUUCGCUUUCCCAGGAGAGCGUACGGGGACCCCAGCAGCCGCUGUGGAGCCCCGAGCUGUGCCGAGCGGCCGACGUGGGGGCAGAUGUGGGGGCAGACUUAGUGUCUCCACAGAGCGGCAGCCCCGAUAAAUGUGCGUUCUGCCACUCUGUAGUGCCUCCGGACCUGAUGAACAGCCAUCUCUACUCGCAUUUCUCCCACAAAAACAACAACUCCCAGUGACACCAGUGAGCUGCACAAACUGACAGGAGAACCACUCUGGAGGAUCCCUCUGGUGGGGCCUGCACUGGAUUUGAAAUGACACUGCCAUAAGACUUGAAAGCAUUUAUUUAAUAUUGAAGAAUUGAAUGGUACACUUAUUUUUGCCUAUUUUUAAAACCAUUUUACUCUUUUUAAUACUACAUCAUGACGCAUAUAUGUGAGCAAAUCAAUUGAAUAUUUACUCUUAAAAGAAUUACUGUAUUGCUCCUAAUAUGCAUCUGUAAAUAUAUUGUGGAAUUAUUGUUAUUAAAUGUGUACAAAAAUCAUAA